AAAUUUAGCAAAUUUGUAUUCAAUUUCAACAGCAGGCAUUUGUCUUUAAGGUGGUAAGUUGAACUGUGUAAAUUAUGUGGAUCGUGCAUUUGAGGUUAAAUUCACCACUCUGUCCAUGGUCCAAAAUGGCUAGAGGACGACGAGCGAAUAUCGGCCGCCACACAAGACAUGCAAGCCAGCAAAAAGUGUAUUCACAGAACUUAAGCGAAGAAAGACAAAAUAUAAUAAGAGAAAAUGCCCGAUUGGGACAACGCGUGAGGACACGAGGAUCAUUGGCAUCAUACAAUCGCUUGGCAUUCCAAUAUGAUCCCACUGCGAACUACAGUGAUGAUGAAAAUUUAGAUAUUGGAACAAUGACGAUUAUAUGCCGAUACUGCAAUGCGUUAAAGUUCAAAAGAGAAACGGCUGGAUUGUGCUGCGCAAGUGAAAAAGUCAAACUGGAUCCAUUACUUACAACACCACAGUCACUGAAACCAUUGUUCGAUGGAAGUGAUGAAGAUUCCAGCCAUUUUCUUCAACACAUCCUUGAAUACAAUAACUGCUUUCGCAUGACUUCCUUUGGAGCUAAUAUCAUUCGAGAACGCGGUUUCAUGCCGACUUGCAAGAUACAAGGACAAAAAAAUCAUUUGCAUGGUUCAAUGGUGCCCACACCAGAUGAACCGCAUCAAUUUCUGCAUUUCAGCUGAAUGUGCGGUGCAAUAUACAGGGAACACAACACAAGAGACGAAUUAUUGUACAGUUGCAAGCAUUUUUUCGCGCUAAUAAUGCUUGGAACGAAUGCAAUCGGAUACGCACAAAUUUUUCAUAAGAGCGGAUUGUACCCCAACAGGUGAACAUGUGCGAAGUUUCAACGCACCCUCCGUUAAUGAUGUCGUUGCAAUUAUUGUUGGCGAUCCAAUUAAAUCGCAAUACAUUGUGGUUGUAAACGAGACACAUCGAGACAUUUUUGUAAUCGAAAUAAAUUCAUUACUGUUGUGAAAUAAAAUAAAAAUUUUCCUUCUCAAAUAAAAAAAAAAAAAUGUUCUUCAUCUUUUAAUCACCAAACGAAAUGUUACAUAAAACGAAGACAUCUGAAAACAAGAAAGGAAAGCUAACUUCGGGC